UUGAUCAGCUCGGAUUAUUUAAUCAACGGGAGAGUUUAGUCUCAGCCUCUCUCCACAUUAUCGACUUUUCGGAGCAUUCUCAAAACGCAUGCGCACAGCCAGAAGACGCCAUCUGCAGAAAAACGUCGCAACUAAAAAAAGAAACGCCGCCAUUUUGACAUUUGUUUGGCUUUGUGUUCUACAAUAAAAGUUAUCAUGUAAUUAAUCCGUACAAGAUAUUAUUCUGCAUAUUUCCGCUACCGAACUAUACCGCCGGUGCAUCGGAUGAAUAAAUUCUAACGCAUCAGUGAGAAUCGCAUUCAUUAUGCAGCGAAAAAAUCAAUAAUGUACCAGUGCCGCUUUUUUACUUUCGCGUUACAAAUUAUCUCAAUAAAUCGUUAAUUAAUUUAGAAAAAAUGUAUUAAAUAUCGCGUACGUUUAUUUCGAAGUGAUUUUAAUGUGUAUGAAUUGGAAAAUAACUGUGCUAUGUGGUGAAAAGUGGAUUACGAAAAAGGCGCGAAGUGUCACGCGCCUAUUUUUUUCUACGGGGACAUAUAACUAAAAUAAAGUGUCCAAAAACAUUAAAAAGGACUAUUACUAUGCGUUAUGUUCAUCAGGACGAACUAUUUAACUAGAAUUCCGGUUAUGUAUUACGUUCAACAAAUGGAAUAAGAGAUACUUUCUAAAAAUAAGUUCAUGUUAAGUUGCCCUCUAAUCUUGCGAUGCGGUUAAGAAGUAGAAAGAGGGAGCGGCCGCUCUCAAGUAAAAGGGGUUCAAAAGUAACUAAACUAAAGAAGAAGUCAGUUAAACCAAUAACUAAACCACCAAACGCGUGGAGGAGUAUCUUGAAGCGAGACGUGAAAAAUGUCGUUGAGGCACCUCAGUUCUGCAUCACGAGGUCACAGAAGUUAAAGACACGUCCUGUAAGAACGAAACUAAGCAUGGAGAAAGCUUUGGAGACAACGCACAAGAAGGCAAAGCACAAAGAUGAGAGUCGCACAAAGAAACCCAUCUUCCAGACUGUGGUUCGAAGCUCGACGAAAGACCCAGUCUCAUCCACCACGGCUGUGAAGGUCAAACCACAGAAUGACAAGAUCACAACCACAUCCAAGACCAAAGAGGUCCGAACAACAAAAAGUGUCCAGCUACGACACAGCUCUUUAAACCGCGAGCUGAAAAAAACCGAAGCUAUAUCCUCAGCCAUCAGUUCCCCUCGUAAGACACGACGCAUGGACAAAACUGACAAGUCAGCGUCGUUAAACAGCUCUCCCAUACGUAAAGUGCGUCAGAUUGGGAUAAUAACACCCAAAGUUACGAAAUCAUCGGUCAGUUCGACCAAUGAGAGCCCUAAAAAGCGGACGAAAAAAGCUCCCGUUGUCCCAGACACGAAUGGUUACUCUGAGGACAAUGACGUCACUAUGUAUGAGGCUCACACGACCACCUUCGUCGACUUCCCCGCCCAGAAGGCAGAAGAAUCCGAUUCAGAAGGACAAGUCGAGUCUUCUGAACUCUGCCUACCAAACGACUGCCUCAACGACUUUAUGGCUAUAGCUGAGUGUGCAAGACUGAUUAACGAGGACAUACCGGCUACAGAAGAAGAUAUCAACUUCUUGGCUGAUAAGGCAGCGAGGGUCAUGACUACGGAGAAGGCGGAGGAGAGGAAGUCUAGAAGCAGCUCCGUGGAUAAGAGAGUUAUGAAGAGGAGGAAGUCAAGCAAUGACCUGGAAAUGUAUCAGCCCACAUCAACUACUGAUGAUCUUGAUAAUUGUACUGAUUUUCUGACAAACGGGGAUAAGUAUGUUCAGCCGGACUUCGUGACGAUGCUAGAGCAGGACGGCUACGUCCGCGACAGUGAGUGCGAGAUAUCGUCGACGUGCGACACCCAGGGCACGGCCAUAGAGAGCCUGGAGGCGCUGUCGGCCCGGAGCCCGAGCUCAGGGUUCCUGGCCGAGAUCAGUCAGAGUCUAGCGGCUGAGGCGGCCGGAUGGAACGGAUCAGAUAUCGCCGCAGACGAAGCCUCGCUAGCAUGCCACGACGAGCAGUCACCGACAGACAUAGAGGAGGAAGCUGGCGACGUGAUCUCUUCGUGCAGCAACCGCGUGGACUGCGAGCAGAUAUCUUCCUGGGUGGACGCUUUCGACCCAUACUUGUUCAUCAAACAGUUGCCGCCGCUGGAGACCGUGGCCACGGGCGCCCUCCGCGCGCGCUACCCCGCGCUGCCGCUCAAGACUCGCACCAGCCCCGACUUCAGCCUGGUGUUGGACCUGGACGAGACGCUGGUGCACUGCUCGCUGCAGGAGCUGCCGGACGCCAGCUUCCACUUCCCUGUACUGUUCCAGGACUGCCGAUACACUGUGUUCGUCCGCACGCGGCCCCACUUCGCGGAGUUCCUGUCGCGCGUGUCGCGCGUGUACGAGGUGAUCCUGUUCACGGCCAGCAAGCGCGUGUACGCGGACCGCCUGCUCAACCUGCUCGACCCCGCCCGCCGCUGGAUCAAGUACAGAUUGUUCCGUGAGCACUGCUUGCUGGUGAACGGCAACUACGUGAAGGAUCUCUCGAUCCUCGGGCGCGACCUCCGCAAGACUGUCAUCGUCGACAACAGUCCACAGGCAUUCGGCUACCAGCUGGAGAACGGCAUCCCAAUAGACAGCUGGUUCGUAGACAGGAGUGACAACGAACUGCUUAAGCUGCUGCCUUUCCUCGAGCAUCUCGCUACUAAAGAUGACGUGCGUCCAUACAUCCGAGACAAAUACAAACUGUUCAGCUACCUGCCGCCGGACUAAGGCAGUCACAACACACCACUGUACAGACAAUUUGGAGAAUAGCCGGUCGAAACAGAUUCUACUAAGGUAAUAAACAUUCUUAUACAAACUAUAUGGGUAUGAAAUCUAAAAAACAACAACAUGUAUAUAUGUUGUAAUUGUGGAAAGAGAUAGCACUCUACGCAGUGUAUUACGUUGUCUUGCUUCCACAAACAUUAAUAUUACUUGACGUGAUGGUAAAUCAAAACGAAAAUACGCUGUUUGUUAAGAUUUUAAUAUUCAUAUAGUUUAUAUUUAAACAGGAUAUGUUAAUGAGAAUUUUUGUAAGUUAAUUGUACACGUGGAAACUGAAGUAUCCAAUAUUCUUGGCUUGUGGUCUUCCAACCGAUACACAAUCAGAGUAACUUCCGAAACAUUAUUAAAUGAUGCAACGGUUUACUCACGCGUACUUAUCGGGAGUGCCCGACUAGUUUCUGACCCAACCGGAGUCCUUAAUCAUGAGCUGACGCGGAGGUCGCGAGUCGACUGCCCUGAAUUAGUCUUGCAAUCCCGAUAAAUACGCGUGAGUAAACCGUUGCAUCAUUUAAUAAUAUUAAUAGAUUUAGAUCACAGUCCAAGUAUAUUGGAGACAAGAAAUCAUUUUUUUAUGACUAUGAAGGGAUAUUUUUAUCUUUUUCUUUUGUAUAACGUUUUUUUUAAUCGAUGUUUUUAACUUGGUUCAGUUCAAGUCUUAUAUAGGUUAAGUGAAAAUCUGUUAAAACUAUACAACGGUUUCUUGAAAGUUGAUCAAUAUGAUAAUAAUGUUUUAACCGAUUUUUGCCACCAGUAGUGUCUCAAGACAUCAGCCAACAUAUUAUAGUGCACAAUUGUGCCCAAAAAUAUGUCUGCCCAACUAUUAAACGGUCAUUUUGAAUGUUUCGAGAUGAAAAGUCAGUCGUGUGAUUAAUUAAAACGAACUGUCAUUUAACAAAGGUAUAAAUGUCACCUCCAUCGAGGAUAUUACUAUCUCUGUUUACAAUGUCUCAUAUUCGUAUUAGAAUAAUGAGUUGAUCGUGUGACUCAUAGACACCCACUCCCUCGAGGGAGGAAAUGAGUAGUGUCAGACUUACUGACUAAGCCUGAACCGCCGUGCUACGUCAUUGUUUUUGUGUCGGUGUAUGGCAAUGCGUUGCAUCCACACCUUCAACACCCAUUGCGUACAGAGUUUUGUAGACAAUGCAAUGUUUUUAGUAUUGAUCAGCGUUCGAGAAACCGUUUCGUUUUAUAUUGUUUUUUUUUAUAUCAAUGCAAUUCUUUGUCUUUAUAACUAGUCGAAGUUAAUUAGCUGUGGGUCUAACUUCACGUAUUAAAGUAAUGCUUUGUGUGGAAGAGAGAUGCCGCUCUCCGCCGUGUAUAGCUCUGUCACACUUCCACAACCACUAAAAUAUUAUUUUAAGACGUGGUAGUAGUCCCUGACGGCAACCGUUUUGUUGCCUUUAAUACCUAACAAAUGAGAUUCCUUCAAACAUUUCUAUAUUGACAAUGAAAUAAUACGUAAAGUAUUUUAUCUCUCAGAUAUCUAAAAGUAUAACUUAAAAAACAAUUCAAAGCAACAUUAUUCUGGUCAAUAUAAAUGUAAAUUGAAGAUUUUAUUUUCGAGAAAUUCGUACUAAAUUUUGGAUUCGAAAAGUUUUAUACUUUCCGAGACCGAAACUAGUCGGUCCGUAUAAUCGCAUACAGAAACUUUUAACUCUAAAGAAGACUUUAAAAAAUAUUGAACCUUAUUUAAUAAAGUUACACCAGGACUUGACUUACUAUAUUUUCUAAACCCUUUAUAGUGUAUUUUAAGCAAGUUAAAAACCAGAAAAGAAUUCAUAAUUAUUUGUAUGUGAACUGAUUUUCGGAGAUACAGUGCGAAAAUACUCGGGUAUUCUCGAAAACGCAUUUUUAAAGUAACAAAUAAUUAUGAACAUAAGAAAUAGUUCUCCAAAAUGUUUAUAUAGUAAAAAGUAGUUUAAAAAAAUUGUUUCUAUAAUUCAAAAAUCAUUUUUAACGUCUAGGAAAACAUAUUCUAAAAUAUAGAUUAAUUUAUUAAUGAAAACGAUCGGCAUACUAUUAGUUGUAUUUAGUAUAGAAAUAACAAUUUGCUGUUGAAAAAGUUAAACCUUUUUUGAUGUGGUAACAUUACUGAACUUGUUAAAAAAGAGUAAUUCUACUUAAUAAAUAUUACAAAAUUCAUAUUUGUAAUAUCAAAAGCGAAAGUUUCGAUGUUUGUAUGUUUGUAAGUCUUUCAUACCAAAACGACUAGACAGAUUAUGAUGAAAUUUAACAGUAGUAUCGCUUAGGCAGUCAGAAUACUACUUAAGCUGUACAAGAGGUUUUUAAUGUAUUUUUUUUAACAAGAGUCGAAAACCACACAAAAUGGCAAGACUUUUUAAAAAGCAAACUGUGGAAAGCAUUUGAUGAAUAAAAUUAUAUAAACUAUCAAAUGUCUAUGAAAUUGGGUUUAAAAUCUGUGAUUAUGUUUCUUUUGUACACUAUUUGUGCUUUUCAAAUUUUUGUGAUGAUCUGCUAUAUCUUGUUGAGACAUAGACUAUGUAAUUAAUAUUUUCUGAUGAUAAAAAUUAACAUACAAUUUGAAAUAUGUGGUCGCUUAACCCCAUAUCCUCUCGGUUUCAGAUAUAGAUUAUUAUCAUCUAAAACUUUAAAUUCAAUAGUGUUAAGUUUAACCCUUUCAGCUGAGCAAAUUUUAUACCCCACUUUUUAUUUUGAGAAUUUAUAAUUUCAUAAGCAAUGGUCUAAAUAUUACACCAUUUUUUAUGAUAGCUAUGUCUUAACAAAGAUACAUUACUACAUACACUAAUAUUGUCUUUUCAGAGUUCAUUCUAUAGCUAUAGAGAGUAUAGAUUAAUAACAAUUAUAAGAAAUUGUGAUACAAACUGUGUUGGUUUCAACUUCCAGUCUUAUUGGUUUCAGACCUUAUGUUACAGCGCGACUUUACCCUACUCGGUCGACAAGCAUCUAUUUUACGUCGAUAUCCGCGUAGUACAAGCAUUCGUGGAUCACACAAAUGCUUGUCCUUCGCGGGGAUCGAACUUGCGACACGCCGCGCACAGUGGGUUUGGCGUGGUGACCUCAACCACUCGACUGUCUGUACAAUUCGAUUCUGUCAAUAGUAAGCUUAAGCUCUAUAACCCAUUGUUUGUGAUACAAAAUCAAAAUAAUUUACAUUUGACUAAACAAUAUUAGUGUAUGUAUAAAAUAUAAUAAAAAUGAAAAUUUUGUGUUUAUAUCGUAAGUGUUUUUUUAUAUAUUAUUCAAUAUAUAAGCGAACUCUGAUGAGGUGCUAAUAUUAUUGUAAUUUCCCCUUUUUUCUUGUAAUAAGUGUAUUUUUUAUUUUCUGUGUUCUUUUGAGGAUGUCUAGGGUGAUAAUAUUUUUUAAUUUAUAGCAAAAAACUUGCAGAAACAAUCCGUCAGCGAAUUAUCUUGCAAAUUGCUGUCAAAAUCUCAUUUCGUCUUUGUAGAUGUUAUUUUUAUAGCUAAAACGCAAAAUAAUUGCUGUCGCGUCGCUUUUCCUAGUUGGCUAACAAUAGUUAUCUGGUAAAAAGAUUGAAAUAAUGCUUUUUGAAAAAAGUUAAUUCAUUUUUUAUUGCUUUUUGAAUCUACAAUAUCCAUAAUUAUCAACGUAGUUAUAACCAUUACUUAUUAAUAAUAAUUUUAAAAUAUUUUUCCCCCUUCACAUCCUCAAACAAUGUUUUUUUUACAGUAAUUAAGUUAUUUUUAAUUAAUGUACGUCCAAUUCUUAUUUGUGUUUUUUAGUCUAGCAAUAGUAAUAAUAUAGGCUGUAUAAAUUUCAUGUCAACAUUAAAAAAAAACUUUAUUGUCUAUGGCUACAGUUUAUGCUUAAUAUGGUAACUGUUAUACUUUUAAUAAAUAAAUAAAAUAUUUUAACUGUUUAGAUUGAAACAGAGUCAAGUUAACCUAACUUGUAAGAUUUGAUUAAAAACAAGGGAAAGUAAAGUAAUUUUGUAAAACGGCCUACGUUAUAAGUAUAACAGUUAUCAUACUGAAAAUAUAAAUAAAUGUAUUAUUUCUACAUUUUAUUGUGUGUUAUAAUUCAGUCUAGUCGAAUAUUUUAUGAUUUUAUUCAUCUCAUAUAUAGUUACUCAUAUCGUACUUGCCUGCGUUGGAAUCGAACCUGCACCUAGUUCUUACAAACCCAUACUUGUAACCGCAAGACAACCACGACAUAUAUGGAUUAUGUAUGUCUUAUUUAUCAUAUAAUGUAUUAAGAUCUCAAACAUUUGAUUAGACUGACAAAUUAUAACAAUACCCCUCAUUUUGUGUCGAGGGUAAAAAAAAACUUUAUUCAAGUUAAAAUGCGUUUUUAAGUCUGAUGAUAAUGAUCUGAAAAAGAAUAUUGGCUAAACUAAAUUGUCUAUGGCUUUUAUCUUAAUUAUUUGGUGUCGGAAAUUCAAAAAAACAGUAUUAAAUUAUCUAUGGUUUGAUUUUUUUUAAAAACCUAUAUUAUACAGUAGUUAGUCGAAUGUAA